AGGGGCCGUAGUCUCAUCGGGCCUCUAAGCCACUUAGAGGCCAUCAAAGGUCCGAGCGCCCUCUAUGUGGUUUAGAGGCCGAAAUAUGUCGCAUCUUUUGACUCCGCUGGCGGCUGAUUCGGCCUGUAAGUGUAGAGACGGCCGCUGGCGCCUGUAACUCGCGAAGGGCUCGUUAAACAUGGCCGCCGUGUUGUUUAUGCUGUAUGAUGCCGACCGAAAUCUUCGCAGAGAAAGGAUAUUUCGGGAUCGAAGUAAUCCCAUCGAUUCAUGGGAUGACAUAACCAUAUACGAACGUUUAAGAUUUCGAAGAGUUGACAUCCUGGAGAUCGUCGACGAGAUUCAGGAGGCUUUAACAUUUGCGAAUCGAGGGCACAAUGUCACACCGACAUUGCAAGUAUGUCUUGCCCUUCGUUUCUAUGCGACAGGUACCUUUCAAAAUGUGUGUGCUGACCUAGCCGGCGUCUCACAAUCAAUGGCUGGCCGCAUUAUUGACAGGGUUACCAGAGCCCUGUUAGAUCGGGCACACAGAUGGAUAACAUUUCCAAAUCAACAAGAAGCCGAUAGACAAAAGGCGAAAUUUUUUAACCUCGGAGGAUUUCCCGACGUUGUGGGAUGUAUUGAUGGUACGCACGUACGGAUUCAAGCACCUUGGAGAAACGAACAUGAAUACGUGUGUAGGAAAAACUACCAUUCCAUCAAUGUUCAGGUCAUCUGCAAUGCUGACUUACUAUUCAUUGACGUUGUGGCAAAAUGGCCGGGAAGUGUUCACGAUGCACGGAUUCUUAGACAAUCAAGUAUUUUUGCUGCUUUUGAGGGACAUCCAAAACCAGUGGAUGGCGUCAUGCUUGCUGACAGUGGUUACAUGAGCAGAGAGUGGCUUAUGACACCCUUUCUGAAUCCCACCACUAGGCAUGAGAGGCGGUAUAAUGCAGCUCAUGCUUCUACAAGGUGCACAGUAGAAAGAGCCAUUGGUAUGUGAAAUGUACAUCAAUUACAAAUUAUUACUAGUGUAAUUCCAGACUGACUGUGGUUAAUUUGGUUUUUAACUUUCUGUGUCAAUAGUCAGUGUAUAUUGCUUACAUUUUGUGUGUGUGUGUUGUCUUUCAGGUGUUGCCAAAA